AAAAUCGCCAUCAUCCACAUCGAGCCCACGGACAUGUUGACCUAUGAUAUCCUGCGACUCUGGCGAAAUGAACUGGAAAGUGGAGUUGACCUGGGAGCGGCCGGGCAGAGUCUCAUCAUCAUGACAACUCUGCCAACGAGGACUAUCUAUCAGCCCAACUCUUCCAUUUAUACGAACAAAAUAAACCUAGCUACUGCGGCUGCGGCUGGAUUGGCAAUGCGUCUCACUCAACUAAACGUCAAGGCGGGCGGUGGCAAACUGGAUCCAACAAAAGGCCUGUUUGAACCAAUGAACAACCAGGACGUCUACGUACCCAUCACCCCGAAGAUCACCUUCCGUUUUGAGAACUACGGUACCAAUGAGAUCCGCGGUCUGUACAACAUGUUCAUUUUCUCUCUUAAUCUGGAGGUCUCACGCGGCCGCCGGAAUGUCUCCCAGAUGACUUUCGAUGAGAUUUUCCUCCUGACCGACGUGAUUCUUUGGCCACUGAUUGCGGUACAGCGUGUGACCGACAAGGUUUGGCCUGGGGACAGCAAUGGGCCUUGUCGCAACCCCUGCCUAAUUUAUGACUGUGAAAUGGCCGGCAGCGUUCAGGAAAUUACUCUCAUUAUAUUGGGAGGAAUAAUCAUCAUCGGGGUGAGCAAUCUGGCCAGGAUUGUCUACGUCAGGUAG